AAGGUGCCCCACGGCAUGACGGUGGUGACGCACAGCGAUGAGCGGCCCAUCUGGAACAUGUACCAGACUGUCAGGUACCUUCUGGACCACUAUGUGAACGACUUCGACUGGUUCUUCCUGGUGCAGGAUGAUACCUACACGGAGGCACACCGCAUCAGCCGCCUGGUCGCCCACCUCAGCAUCGAUACCCACCUCUACCUGGGUCGCCCCGAGGAGUUCAUCGGUGGGGACACUGAGGGACGCUACUGCUACGGGGGUUUUGGCUACCUGCUGUCCCGCAGCCUCCUCCUGCUCCUGCAGCAUCACCUGGAGAGCUGCCGCAAUGACAUCCUCAGCGCCCGGCCCGAUGAGUGGCUGGGCCGCUGCAUCAUCGACUACACGGCCGUCAACUGUGCCGAGGAGCACGAGGGCCUGCGUUACCACUACUUCGAGUUGGGGAACAACGCGGACCCCGAGCGGGAGACCGACCUCCGUUUCCAGAGCGCCUUCACUGUCCAUCCUGUGCUGGAUCCCCUCCAGAUGUACCGGCUGCACAAGUACUUUGCGCAGGUGGAGCUGGAGAGGACGUACCAGGAAAUCCAGCAGCUCCAGCUGGAGAUCCAGAACGCCAGCAGCCUGUCCGCAGAUGGGGACCACGGCGCCACGUGGCCUGUUGGCAUCCCACCCCCCUUCCAGCCCAAAACCCGCUUCGAGGUGCUGCGCUGGGACUACUUCACAGAGGAGCAGGUCUAUGCCUGCGUGGACGGCUCCCCCAAGUGCGAGCUGCGUGGCGUGGACCUGGCGGAUGUGGCUGACGUGGUGGCCAUGGCCAUGGAGGAGCUGAACCGCAAGUACCAGCCGGUGCUCCAUGUCCGCAAGCAGCAGUUGGUGAACGGGUACCGGCGCUUUGACCCCACCCGUGGCAUGGAGUACACGCUGGACCUCCAGGUGGAGGUGGUCACCCAGAAGGGGCACAGCCGCUCUGUCACCAAGCGCGUGCACCUGGUGCGGCCCCUCAGCGAGGUGGAGAUCAUCCCUAUGCCCUACGUGACGGAGGCCAGUCGCAUCAACGUCAUCCUGCCACUGACAGCCCAUGACCGGGACCACGCUGCACGCUUUUUGGAGGCUUAUGCGGCGGCCGCCUUUGAGAGCAGCGAGAACGCAGUGCUCACCUUCCUCUUCAUCUAUGACCCCUUUGAGGCCCAGCAGGUCACCCAGAAUGACAUCUUUGCCCCCGUGAAGGCCCAGAUCACUGAGUACGAGCGCAAGUAUGCAGAGGUGAAGAUCCCAUGGAUCAGCGUCAAGACAGACGCACCCUCCCAAAUCAAGGUCAUGGACAUCAUCUCCAAGAAGCAUCCCGUGGACACGCUUUUCUUUGUGGCCGGCGUGGGGACGGAGGUCACUGUUGACUUCCUGAACCGCUGCCGGAUGAACACCAUCAAUAACUGGCAGGUCUUCUUCCCCAUCCACUUCCAGGGCUACAACCCUGCCAUCGCUUACCACAACCAGGUGCCGCCCACCACGCUGGACCUGCUGCGGGAUGCAGGGCACUUUGACCGUGAUGUCUUCCACGAAGCCUGCUUCUACAAUGCUGACUACAUGGCGGCACGCACCCGCAUGGCAGGUGACGUUCAGGAGAACGAGGACAUCCUGGAGACCCUGGACAUCUACGACAUGUUCAUAAAGUACUCCAACCUCCACGUCUUCCGGGCUGUGGAGCCCGCCCUGCUGCAGCGCUACCGGCACCAGGCCUGCAACCCCCGGCUCAGCGAGGAGAUCUACCACCGCUGCGUGCAGAGCAGCCUGGAGGGCGUAGGUUCUCGCUCCCAGCUGGCCAUGGUGCUUUUCGAGCAGGAGCAGGGGAACAGCACCUGAACCCUGGGGCGUGGAGGGGCUGGCCCUGCCCUGCCUGCCUGCCCCACCUCUUCUGCUACCCAUGUCUGUCUUCCUCUUCCCGGCAGCUGCAGGGACCACUGGCACCUGAGCUUGUGACUCGCCCC